AUGGCUGCAGUUGGAACUCGGUUCUCGUACUACAAUGAUCCAGCCGCUGUCGGGAGCACGGCCUAUGUAAAUGAAGCCGAGAUUCCGCUACACGUCAUGGAUCUUCUCAACCUUUACAUGAAAGAUAUCGAUAGCGCAGUUGUUAUCACAGAAAGAGACAUCUGUCAAUUUCUGAAUGACGCCCUUCGUCGCUACUAUACACCUGAAGGAUGGAGUUCAGGCAGUCAGGUCAAUGAAAAGAUGGACUGCGAGGAUGGAAUGAACGAGGCAGGUGUGAGUGGACUCACAGCUCAAUCGGGACACGAAUCCUUGGACAGUUCCUCCGCAAAUCCUACAUCA